AGCGGAGGGCGGCGGGCUCGGCAAGCGGCGGCAGCUGCCGAGGCGGGCGGUGGCGACGCGGCCGAGGCGCUGGGGCGGGCGCGGCGGCCGCUGCUCCUCGGGCCGGGGCGGCCGGCGAGCGCCGGGCGUCCUAGGAGGCGCCGCGCCCCCGGAGCCAGGGCUGCCCGCCGGGCUCUCCGUGCGUCUGGCCGAGAGCUCCGGCCAGGGCGCGGCGGAGGGCAGAGCCGCCGGUCUCCAUCCUCGGGCCGGCAGGAGGCUCCGUGCCGGGCGCCGGCGACAGCCCGGGUCGCCGAGCCCAGCAGCCGUCCCCGCCGCCCCGCAGCCGGCGCGGACAUGGGCGCGCGGGGCUGCGCGCCGGGUCGCCGGACCCUCAAAGUUUGCUAGCCCGCUGAGCGCAGAGCCGAGGUCACGCCCGGGCCCGGCGCCCCCGGGAGGGACCGAGAGUCCUUGGAUUGGGCGCCAGGGCGGUGGAGCCGAAAGGGGUGGCUCGGCCCCGCCAGAUGCCGCCUGCAAAGUUAGAGAGAAGAAAACUUCAGCUCCAGGGAGAUUCGGCCCGCUAUGCUAACCGCGCCCCCCGGAGCCGGCGCCCCUGAAGGAACCCCUGCACCCGCGUCUGCCGCCGCGCCCCGCUCGGGCCCGGCCCCGGGGGCCAGGCGCCUGGAGCAGCGGUGACUGCGUCCGCCCAGAGAACCCAACCAGGGGGCGGGGAGGGGGCGGGGGGCGGGCAACGUGGCCACAGGAGGAAGUUUCCUGAAGUUGUCCGUUUAUUCCGGAGCUCGGCCCGCGACUCAGCCGGAUCACGGAGACCGCCCUGCCUGGGAAAAGAAGUCGGAGUUGGGGUGCUGAGGGAGGGAGGCGCCCCGAGUCCGAGAGCGCGGCGUCUCCUCUUUCUCUUUGCUCGCCCCUCGCCUUCUGGGCGCGCCGCCGGAUCGGACUUAGAAGAAGCGGAGGAGGAAGGGUUGGGGUCGCCUGAGCUGCCCCUCCCGGAUUUAUACCGCCCGGGGCCAGAGCUGCGUAGACUCUCUCCCGGCGAAGCCGCGGAGCACCAGACCCCACGAGGAUUAUAAAACAGUGCGGAGGACAUCCCCCCGGCCCCCACCAGGCCGGUCACCAUGUGGGGGCUGCUCAUCUGGACUCUGCUGGCCCUGCAUCGGAUCCCCGUGGCCGGAGCCCAAGAUGACGUGGCUCCCUAUUUCAAGACGGAGCCGGUGCGGACGCAGGUGCACCUGGAGGGGAACCGCCUGGUGCUCACGUGCAUGGCCGAGGGCAGCUGGCCGCUGGAGUUCAAGUGGCUUCACAACAGCAGGGAGCUGACCAAGUUCUCCCUGGAGUACAGGUACAUGAUCACCAGCCUGGACCGCACCCACGCCGGCUUCUACCGCUGCAUCGUGCGUAACCGGAUGGGCGCUCUGCUGCAGCGGCAAACUGAGGUCCAGGUGGCCUACAUGGGGAGCUUCGAGGAGGGCGAGAAGCACCAGAGCGUCUCCCACGGAGAGGCAGCCGUCAUCCGCGCCCCUCGCAUCGCCAGCUUCCCCCGGCCACAGGUGACCUGGUUCCGGGAGGGCCGCAAGAUCCCGCCCAGCAGCCGCAUAGCCAUCACCCUGGAGAACACCCUUGUCAUCCUGUCAACGGUGGCUCCCGACGCAGGCCGCUACUACGUGCAGGCUGUUAAUGACAAGAAUGGGGACAACAAGACCAGCCAGCCCAUCACGCUCGCGGUGGAGAAUGUAGGGGGCCCUGCAGACCCCAUCGCCCCCACCAUCAUCAUCCCUCCCAAGAACACCAGCGUGGUGGCCGGGACCUCGGAGGUGACCCUGGAGUGUGUGGCCAACGCCAGGCCCCUGAUCAGGCUGCACAUCAUUUGGAGGAAGGAUGGGCUGCUGCUGUCUGGUGGCAUCAGUGACUACAACCGCCGGCUCACCAUCCCCAACCCCACGGGCAGCGACUCCGGCUACUACGAGUGCGAGGCCGUCCUGCGCAGCAGCAGCGUCCCUUCUGUCAUCCGUGGAGCCUACCUGUCUGUGCUGGAACCACCUCAGUUUGUCAAGGAGCCAGAGAGACACAUCACAGCAGAGAUGGAGAAAGUGGUGGACAUUCCCUGUCGGGCCAAAGGUGUCCCGCCGCCCUCCAUCACCUGGUACAAGGACGCGGCCGCCGUGGAGGUGGAGAGGCUGAGCCGCUUCCGGCAGCGCGCCGAUGGGGGCCUGCAGAUCAGCGCGCUGGUGCCUGACGACACCGGCAUGUUCCAGUGCUUUGCGCGAAACGCGGCUGGCGAGGCGCAGACCUCCACCUACCUGGCCGUCACCAGCAUUGCCCCCAACAUCACCAGGGGCCCCCUGGACAGCACGGUCAUCGAUGGGAUGUCAGUGGUGCUGGCUUGUGAGACUUCGGGGGCACCCCGGCCGGCCAUCACUUGGCAGAAAGGGGAGCGCAUCUUGGCCAGCGGCUCGGUCCAGCUGCCUCGCUUCACGCUCCUGGAAUCGGGCAGCCUGCUCAUCAGCCCCACGCACAUCUCUGAUGCUGGGACCUACACCUGCUUGGCGACCAACUCUCGGGGGGUCGACGAAGCCUCGGCCGACCUCAUCGUGUGGGCCCGGACACGCAUCACCAAGUCUCCCCAGGACCAGAGUGUCAUCAAGGGCACCCAGGCCUCCAUGGUGUGCGGAGUGACCCAUGACCCCCGGGUGACCGUCAGGUACGUGUGGGAGAAGGAUGGGGCCGCCCUCGGCAUGGAGAGCAACCCCCGCAUCCGCCUGGACAAAAACGGCUCCCUGCACAUCUCGCAGACGUGGUCGGGGGACAUCGGCACGUACACCUGCCGGGUGCUCUCAGCCGGAGGCAACGACUCUCGCAGUGCCCACCUGCGCGUCAGACAACUGCCUCACGCUCCCGAGCACCCAGUGGCAACGCUCAGCACCACAGAGAGGCGGGCCAUCAACCUGACGUGGGCCAAGCCCUUUGACGGCAACAGCCCGCUGAUCCACUAUGUCCUAGAGAUGUCAGAGAACAAUGCUCCCUGGACUGUCCUCCUGGCCAGCGUGGAUCCCGAGGCUACCUCAGUGAUGGUCAAGGGCUUGGUUCCGGCACGCUCCUACCAGUUCCGUCUAUGUGCGGUCAACGACGUGGGCAAAGGACAAUUCAGCAAGGACACGGAGAGGGUCUCUCUCCCCGAAGAGCCUCCCACAGCCCCUCCACAGAAUGUCAUUGCCAGUGGCCGAACCAACCAGUCCAUUAUGAUCCAGUGGCAGCCCCCUCCCGAGAGCCACCAGAACGGCCUCCUCAAGGGUUACGUCAUCAGGUACUGCCUGGCCGGGCUGCCUGUUGGGUACCAGUUCAAGAACAUCACGGAUGCUGAUGUCAACAACCUGCUGCUGGAGGACCUCAUCAUCUGGACCAACUACGAGAUCGAGGUGGCCGCCUACAAUAGCGCCGGGCUGGGUGUCUACAGCAGCAAAGUCACCGAGUGGACACUGCAGGGAGUCCCCACGGUCCCUCCGGGCAACGUGCAUGCAGAAGCCACCAACUCCACAACCAUCCGCUUCACCUGGAACGCCCCCAGCCCCCAGUUCAUCAACGGCAUCAACCAGGGCUACAAGCUGAUCGCCUGGGAGCCGGAACAGGAGGAAGAGGUUACCAUGGUGACGGCCCGGCCCAACUUUCAAGACACGGUCCACGUGGGCUUCGUGUCCGGCCUGAAGAAGUUCACCGACUACUUCACCUCGGUGCUGUGUUUCACCACCCCUGGGGACGGGCCUCGCAGCACCCCCCAGCUGGUGCGCACCCAUGAGGACGUGCCUGGGCCUGUGGGACACCUGAGCUUCAGUGAAAUCCUGGACACCUCGCUGAAAGUCAGCUGGCAAGAGCCGGGAGAGAAGAACGGCAUCCUCUCAGGGUACCGGAUCUCCUGGGAGGAGUACAACCGGACCAACACCCGCGUGACCCACUACCUGCCCAACGUGACCCUGGAGUACCGCGUCACAGGCCUCACUGCGCUCACCACCUACACCAUCGAGGUGGCUGCCAUGACCGCCAAGGGCCAGGGCCAGGUUUCUGCCUCCACCAUCUCCUCCGGGGUGCCUCCAGAACUCCCGGGGGCCCCCACCAACCUGGGCAUUUCCAACAUCGGCCCCCGCUCCGUGACCCUGCAGUUCAGGCCAGGCUACGACGGGAAGACGUCCAUCUCCCGCUGGCUGGUGGAGGCCCAGGUGGGUGUGGUCGGGGAGGGAGAAGAGUGGCUGCUGAUUCACCAGCUCACCAACGAGCCCGACGCCCGCUCCCUGGAGGUGCCCGACCUCAAUCCCUUCACCUACUACAGCUUCCGCAUGCGCCAGGUGAACAUCGUGGGCACCAGCCCACCCAGCCAACCUUCUAGAAAGAUCCAGACCCUCCAGGCACCUCCUGACAUGGCCCCGGCCAACGUGACCCUGCGCACGGCCAGUGAGACCAGCCUGUGGCUCCGCUGGAUGCCUCUCCCGGAGAUGGAAUACAACGGGAAUCCCGAGUCGGUGGGCUACAAGAUCAAAUACAGCCGGGCGGACGGCCACGGCAAGACGCUGAGCCACGUGGUGCAGGACCGCGUGGAGCGGGAGUACACCAUCGAGGACCUGGAGGAGUGGACGGAGUACCGCGUCCAGGUGCAGGCCUUCAACGCCAUCGGGAGCGGGCCCUGGAGCCACACAGUGAUGGGCAGGACGCGGGAGUCAGUCCCAUCCUCUGGCCCCACCAACGUGUCCGCGCUGGCCACCACCUCCAGCAGCAUGCUGGUGCGCUGGAACGAAAUCCCUGAGGCCGACCGCAAUGGGCUCGUGCUGGGCUACAAGGUCAUGUACAAGGAGAAGGACUCAGACUCCCAGCCCCGGUUCUGGCUGGUGGAAGGGAACUCGUCCCGCAGCGCCCAGCUCACAGGCCUGGGCAAAUACGUGCUCUAUGAGGUCCAGGUGCUGGCCUUCACGCGCAUCGGGGACGGCAGCCCCAGCCACCCUCCCAUCCUGGAGCGGACACUGGAUGAUGUCCCAGGACCACCCAUGGGCAUCCUGUUCCCGGAGGUGAGGACCACAUCGGUGCGCCUGAUCUGGCAGCCCCCUGCUGCUCCCAAUGGCAUCAUUCUCGCUUACCAGAUCACACACCGGCUCAAUGCCACCACAGCCAACGCUGCCACAGUGGAGGUGCUGGCGCCCAGCGCCCGCCAGUACACGGCCACUGGCCUCAAGCCAGAGUCUGUCUACCUGUUCCGCAUCACGGCCCAGACCCGCAAGGGCUGGGGAGAAGCCGCCGAGGCCUUGGUGGUGACCACCGAGAAGAGAGACCGCCCGCAGCCCCCCAGCAAGCCGGUGGUGCAGCAGGAGGACGUGAAGGCCCGCAGUGUGCUGCUGUCCUGGGAGCCGGGGAGCGACGGCCUGUCCCCCGUGCGCUACUACACUGUGCAGACUCGCGAGCUGCCCAGUGGCCGGUGGGCCCUGCACUCCGCGUCUGUGAGCCACAACGCCUCCGCCUUUGUCGUGGACAGACUCAAGCCCUUCACAUCCUACAAGUUCCGGGUGAAGGCGACCAAUGACAUUGGGGACAGCGAGUUCAGCGAGGAGUCGGAACCACUGACCACCCUGCAGGCUGCCCCCGACGAAGCGCCCACCAUCAUCUCAGUGACACCCCACACCACCACCUCCGUGCUGAUCCGAUGGCAGCCACCACCGGAGGACAAGAUCAAUGGCAUCCUCCUGGGCUUCCGGAUCCGGUACCGGGAGCUGCUCUACGAGGGCCUCAGGGGCUUCACGCUGCGCGGCAUCAACAACCCCGGGGCCAAGUGGGCGGAGCUUACCUCCAUGUACUCCAUGCGGAACCUGAGCCGGCCCAGCCUCACGCACUACGAGCUGGACAACCUGAACAAGCACCGGAGAUACGAGAUACGGAUGAGCGUAUACAACGCCGUGGGCGAGGGGCCCUUGAGCCCUCCACAGGAGGUCUUUGUCGGGGAGGCAGUGCCCACGGCAGCGCCCCGCAAUGUGGCCGUGCACGGUGCCACAGCCACCCAGCUGGAUGUGACGUGGGAGCCACCCCCCCUGGAGAGCCAGAAUGGAGACAUCCAGGGCUACAAGAUUUACUUCUGGGAAGCCCAGCGGCAGAACGUCACCGAGCGGGUGAAGACGCUGUUCCUGGCCGAAAGCGGGGUGAAACUCAAGAACCUGACCGGCUACACAGCCUACAUGGUCAGCGUGGCAGCCUUCAAUGCGGCAGGGGAUGGGCCCCGGAGCGCCCCCACCCGGGCCCAGACCCAACAAGCAGCCCCCAGCGCCCCCAGCUCGGUCAAGUUCAGCGAGCUGACCACAACCUCAGUGAACGUGUCCUGGGAGGCCCCACGGUUCCCCAACGGCGUCCUGGAGGGCUACCGGCUGGUGUACGAGCCGUGCACCCCAGUAGACGGAGUCAGUAAGAUUGUGACAGUGGACGUGAAGGGCAACAGCCCUCUCUGGCUGAAGGUGAAGGACCUGGCGGAGGGCAUGACCUACAGGUUCCGCAUCAGAGCCAAGACCUUCACCUACGGGCCCGAGAUCGAAGCCAACGUCACCACGGGCCCAGGAGAAGGUGCCCCGGGACCGCCUGGAGUGCCCAUCAUCGUGCGGUACAGCUCCGCCAUCGCCGUCCACUGGUCCAGCGGGGACCCCGGCAGAGGGCCCAUCACCCGCUACGUCAUAGAGGCCAGGCCUUCAGACGAGGGGCUGUGGGACAUCCUCAUCAAAGACAUCCCCAAGGAGGUGACCUCGUACACGUUCAGCAUGGACAUCCUGAAGCCAGGCGUGAGCUAUGACUUCCGGGUCAUCGCCGUCAAUGACUAUGGCUUUGGCACCCCCAGCGGCCCCUCCCAGUCUGUGCCAGCCCAGAAAACCAACCCAUUCUACGAGGAGUGGUGGUUCUUGGUGGUCAUUGCCCUCGUCGGCCUCAUCUUCAUCCUGCUUCUGGUGUUUGUGCUCAUCAUUCGAGGCCAGAGCAAGAAGUAUGCCAAGAAGACAGACUCGGGGAGCAGUGCCAAGUCGGGUGCCCUGGGCCACGGGGAGAUGAUGAGCUUGGAUGAAAGCAGCUUUCCUGCCCUGGAACUCAACAACCGGCGGCUCUCCGUCAAGAACUCCUUCUGCCGAAAGAACGGCCUGUACACCAGGUCUCCUCCUCGGCCUAGCCCGGGCAGCCUCCACUACUCCGACGAGGACGUCACCAAGUACAACGACCUCAUCCCAGCAGAGAGCAGCAGCCUGACGGAGAAGCCCUCCGAAAUCUCCGACUCUCAGGGAAGCGACAGUGAGUACGAGGUCGACCCAAACCACCAGAAGGCCCACUCUUUCGUCAACCACUACAUCAGCGACCCCACGUACUACAACUCGUGGCGCAGGCAGCAGAAGGGCAUCUCGCGGGCCCAGGCGUACAGCUACACGGAGAGCGACUCGGGCGAGCCGGACCACGCCACCAUCGCCAACAGCGGCAGCGCCCAGCAGGGCAGCCUCUUUCGGCCCAAGGCCAGUCGGACCCCAACACCCCAAAACCCCCCUAACCCCCCGAGUCAGCAAAGCACCCUCUACCGGCCCCCCAGCAGCCUAGCCCCCGGCUCCCGGGCUCCUAUAGCAGGAUUUUCAUCAUUUGUUUGACGUUGGAAGAGGAAAAAGAAAGAAAAAUGGCCCCCAACUCCCCCUCCAGCACUCCCCCCACCGCCUGCCAGAAAACAAAAACACCACGAAACCAAGUCAACUUUUCACCUCCUGAGUUUAUUUUUCCAGAGAUUCCAGGGCCAGCAAAGCCGGCGUUGAGAAGGAGGGAGAAGAAAACCAUGAGAGAACAAUGUGUGGCCAAUGGUUGGUCGGCCUCAAGAUUGUGGGUUUCGCUGCUCCUUCGAGACAGCACAGAGUUGGGGGAGCGGCUGCGGUGGACACAGAGUGGGUGGGGUCCCUGGAGAGAGAGAGAGAAGGGAAAGGACUGGAGGGCUGUAAGGCAGGCAUGGCUGAGGGGAGAAGAAGCUUCCAGACAUCCAGCCAGCUGCCCCCUUCGGGCAUGUGUGGAGCCCUGGGCCCAGUGCUGGCUGAUGCUGUGUAAGGAUGGGCGUCCAUGGGAGCCCACCUGACCUCCUCUCUCCGCACCCUCCCACCUCCGCACCGUGCAUCGCUGGCUGCCAUGGAUGGCCCUGCUCGCCCCCUGCCCUGCUCCUCACCCUCCACUCCCCCCUCCCUUGCUCAACUUCUCCGCCAAGCAUUUGGUUUAUUUAGAAAAAGGAAAACAACUAAAGGGUGAGAAUUUGCCCAGCCAGCUCCUUGUUCCUAACAUGCUUUUUUAUUGUGAAUCCCAGGAAGAAAACCCCUCAGGGUGCAGGAGAGUCCCCCCCACCACUGAGCCCAGCCUUCCCUUUACUUGAAUUCACUUUCCUGAGCACAGACUGGGAGAGAUGAACUCGGGAACAGAGGCAGGGACGCUGGCCAGGCUUCACGGGGCGUAAAGCGGGAAGUCAGGAACCUAAGAAGGAAGCUUUGACUUUUCCUUGUCUUCUAAUUCAGAUACCACCUGCCCCUUCCUUCAGGGAAGAGGAAAAGGGAGCCAUUUAGACAAGGAAAUUCAGCUCGCCUGGGGCUGGGGAGCCCCAGAGGGAUUGCCGAGGCAGACACACCCCUCUCCUCAGAGAGACAUCCUCCUCUGCCACACACACACACACACACACACACACGCACACACAUACACACACUACCCCAUGCACUUGCAGAGACAAGGGUCCAGGGAUCCUCUGUAAGAGAAAUCCCUAAGGGUCCUCCUGACCAGACAGGGCACUAACUUUCAGAUCUGUGUCCCCCUCGCUCUCAACCCACACCUCGGAAACUCACUGCCUCCUAAUCACAGAGGGACAGGACACCAGAGGGACGGCCAAGGCCCUGGUCCAGAGGCCAGAGCUCCCAGAGGUUGCCAGAUCAGCUCAGCACCCCGUUUACAAAGAGACAAAGACCAUCCCAGCCCCCAGUAACGUUUUCCAGGCUCGGCUCAGCCGAGCCAGGGCUCAGAGCAGGGAGGGGCCUCAUCCGCACCAGGCACAGCUCCCGAGAUGCACAGCCUGGCCGGCCAGGAGGAGCAGGUCAGAUGGGACCCAGGGACAAGAAUUACUGAUGGGAGGCAGAGCUUUGACACACACACAAUCUGCUCCAAGCAAUGUUCUUUAAAAAGCCACUCUGGUGGCCUGGAUCUGCCCAUCGGCUCAAGACUUCCAGAUGCAACGGUUGAGGGAGGAGCCUUUCCAUCUCAUUCCCUGGGCUGUCCUGUGCCCCCUGGGUGCCCCCAGCAGCCCUGCGCAGUGGCCCACCCCCACGUUUGGGGAUGGAUGGCUUCCUCUGGGAGAGGAGAGGGACCCGCAGGGCACAUUCAGUUCAGCACUGGGGUUGCGGAGCAGCGGGCACUGCUGGCCCUGCCUGGGAGGGGGCGGUGCCCUAUUUUGGGGGGUGAGGAUUACAGUUAGGGGAGACCUGAGUGGAACUAAGGAAAGAGAGGACCUGUACCCCUCCCUACUGGCCCCAAAUCAGGUGACUGGGAUGGAAGCAGGGCCGGGGCCUGAGGAAAGGGCACCCCGGGCCGUGGCUCUUCCCGCCGUGUGCAGACAGCCAGGGAACGUGAUGGGGAGAAGUCGGAAGACGGCUCAGCAGACAGGCUGACCCAGCUCUGGGGUCCAAACAGCAGCUUCUCCACUAAGGGGUCUGGAAGGAAACGCUCUUUCCCCCAGAGGAGCACGCACGCACGCGAGGUUCUGCCCUGCGCACAUCUGGCCCCGGGGAGGCAGCACAUCCAGGGCCGCCCGCAGGGGAUCCCGCUGCACUUCCUCUUUCCUUUCCUCUCAUCUUCUUUUUUUAAACAAUCCCAUCCUUUUCCCUCUCUGCUGUGUGUUUAACCAUUUAAGGAAGUUCCCAGUUUGCGUUAGGGAAUUAUUUUAGCCCAGCCCAGAUAGGGAUCUGGGGGGGUGGGAAGCGGGGAUGAGUAAAAACAUUGUGUGUGUGUGUGUGUAUACUGCAGCACAUGAGGCCACAUUUCCUUCGCCUUUAUGAAUCAUCUGGCACACUAAGAUGUUCAUCCUCCCCUCCCCACACGCUCCCUCCACCGUGCUGACGCACACGUGCACGCUUGUGAUGGCGCCCAUGCACACCUGGGCUCACACGUGCGCGCACAGAUACAGAAAUGCACAGAAUGCACAUCCGCUUGUGUGCUAGUAAAGAGCCUCUUGUGACUCCCUCCGAUGGCUUGAGUUGUCCCUCUGUGAGGCACAGGCAGCCUGAGUCACUGCCACUUGGGCACCACUGGGAUCUGUUGUCUGAGAGGGCGAGGACCCUGCAAACCAGAGCCCGAGGUGAGGGUCUCACCCUCCAUCCACACCCACCCGUCUGAAAUGUUGCCUCCACUGUCCCGGUCACGUCUGGAAGCCCAGGUCUCCGGCUGGGGAGCCCUGGAUUUCUAAGAGGACAUCUCUUUGCCCUUGUUUACAUUUCUGCUGGGGCAGUGGAGGUGCCCAGCCCUGGUCCAGAUAUCUGGCCGCACUGGAAGGAUGUGGUGGGCCCAACCCUUGGGGAACUGGGAGCCUCCCUGAGUUGUCCAUGUGACUGCACCCGAAGCAGAUUCACACCAGGAUGCUCGCCACCUGGCACCUCUAGCUUUGCCUCGUUGUGCCCUCGGGAACUCUCCUGGUGUCGUACCCAGCAGCCUACACCUGGCACGUCAGGGCCACCCUUCCCCCUCCUGGCCACCCUUCCCCCUCCUGGCCGUGCCUCCAGUGUUCGCAUCAGCUCCGCACCCAGACUGCCAAGACGAACCCAAAGCUGCUCUGGGUUCCAGAUGCACCUUCCUCCCAGGACUCCAGGGAGUUUGCAAACCCAGGCUGCCUCCUUCUGGCCCCCCACCUGACACUGCCAGGAUUCAGAGGGAACAAGGACACUUCUGGCUGCCCCGCCCUGGUGCAGGCUGCCUCGAGGCCUUCUUUCUGCCCAUACCUCCCUGGGCAGAGCUUUAAAGGUGCCACAGCCUCCCCAAAGCCCACUCUGGGCAGGGACUUCCCUCACCUUCCAUGGUGCACAUCUGAAGGUGCCCACACUGGGUGAGGGGCUGGAGGGUGGGAGGGGGAGGGGGGGCCAUGUGAGCAGCAGCCACCCGCCCCCCAGUGCCUCUGUAUAGUCCCGCCCAGUGGCAACCCUGACCACCACCUUGAGCACAGGUGCCCUCUUGGGACCACCCUCCUUCUCUUUGUUUCCACAAGAAUAACCAAAAGCAUUUAAACAUGUUACCUUUCUUUACACACAAUAGACUCCAAAAACAAAAACCAACACAAAUCUUUAUUUUUUGAUUUAAAUGAUAUAAUGAAAAAUUAUGGGGAGAGUAUUCGUUAUGGCAGGUGUCUGUCUGUAAGAAAAAAAUAUAUAUCUAUAUGUCAUAUAGCUUGUUAGCAGGUUUAUUUUUUAAAUGAAAGGUAAGAAAGAAAUUGAUUUGAACUAUAUACCACGAGAAGUCCCAUGUCCUGUCAAACUUGUCAGUAUUUUAUAA